UCCAAAUAAGCUUUCAAACAUCUUUUUCUUCCAAAACAAAACCCAGAAGCGAUUACAAGAAAGAUCCUCUUUCCGUUCAAAAAAGGAAUGCUUAUUGGGAAUCUCAUGAAAAUUACAGAUAAUUUUGAUCUGAAAUUGUAUAUAUAUAUCCACAACACACACACAUAUUUUUGAGUCAUCUGUUGCUUACAAAUCCAGUAGUAUGGCCACCCUCAAAACCACCAAAAAACACCAUAGACGCCUUAAUAACCCCUUUCCUUCCACUUCAAGAUCUCUCCCUUUUAUACAGGGAACUCUGUACUUCAAUCCCCAAACAGUCCCUUCACACCAGAUCUUUAGUAUUGGUGAGGAUUUUCAGCUAGCUUGGAGAUCCAAAAAUGGUGGGUCUCUCUCAAUUUCUCAUCAAUCUCAACCUACCAAGCCCAUGUGGACCACCAUCCCAGGGCAACCCUUUGUCUCUGCAGCAGAGGCCGAAACAGAGAUAGAAGAAAGCAGGGGUUCAUUUGUAAUCAAGGACAGGAAUGUUCGUUUGGUAUGUAAUCACCAAACAGUUGAAGAAAUUAGAGUGAUCGACCAAUCUGAUUGGAGUUCAGAAGCAAAAUUCGACGACUUUCCUUCUUAUGCGGAAUUGAAUCAGAAAAUUGAAUUGAAGGACACCCAAUUCCCUGUUUUGCUAAUAACAGGUUGGAUUUUCUGUGUGAAAAAAAGGAAGAAAUUUGAGAAUUCUGGCAUUCAAGAGACUUCACAAUUGGUGGAGAAAGAAUCUUCCACUUCUGCAAGGUAUUGGGUUUUCUUUUCUCAGAAAGGAACUCACCAAAUUGGGUUUCAAGUGAAGCUUGGCUCACCAAAUGUUCAUUUUCACCAAAGAACUCCUCCAAGAAGUAAUAGAGUCUACCGUGGCUUUCUCAGGAAGAUUGAUCGAAUUCAGGGACGUGGAGCUGGGUGGUGUGGCUUCUUUCCAAGGCGAAAAGGCUUCGCCACAAUUUCAUCAUCAGAGGAAAAUGUAGGAAUGAAAGCUGCAAAAUUUGCAGGUUUCAACAGGGUCUGUCUUACAUAUUCAAGUGAAAAAAAUGAGAAAUUCUAUGGUUUUGGUGAGCAGUUCUCUCACAUGGAAUUUAAAGGCAAAAGGGUACCAAUUUUUGUUCAAGAACAGGGGAUUGGAAGAGGAGAUCAACCAAUUACUUUUGCUGCUAACUUGGUUAGCUACAGGGCUGCAGGCGAUUGGAGUACAACUUAUGCGCCUUCACCAUUCUAUAUGACAUCGAAGAUGAGGUCUCUUUACCUUGAAGGAUACAACUAUUCCGUUUUCGAUCUAUCAAGGCAUGACAGAGUUCAGAUACAGGUAUAUGGAGAUUCUAUUCAAGGUAGGAUAUUGCAUGGGAAUGCACCUACUGAGUUCAUUGAACACUUCACUGAAGUUAUUGGGAGACCACCGGAGCUUCCUAAAUGGAUUAUAUCUGGUGCUGUGGUUGGGAUGCAGGGGGGAACAGAUUUUGUACACAACGUUUGGGAUAAACUUCGAACCUAUGAUGUACCCCUUUCAGCAUUCUGGUUGCAGGACUGGGUGGGGCACAGGAAGACGGUGAUUGGAUCACAACUUUGGUGGAACUGGGAAGUGGAUACAAGAAGGUAUUGGGGAUGGCAGGAACUACUUAAAGAUCUCAGCGCUCAGCAUAUAAAAGUGAUGACAUACUGCAACCCUUGUCUAGCUCUGAUGAAUGAGAAGCCAGAUAGAAGGAGAGACCUGUUUGAGGAAGCAAAGAAGUUGGACAUCUUAGUGAAAGACAAGAAUGGAGGGCCAUACAUGGUUCCUAACACAGCUUUUGAUGUGGGAAUGUUGGAUCUGACACACCCGCGUACUGCAAGUUGGUUCAAGCAGAUUUUACAAGAAAUGGUGGACGAUGGAGUCAGGGGAUGGAUGGCCGAUUUUGGUGAAGGCCUGCCUGUGGAUGCUUCCAUCUAUUCAGGUGAAGAUCCUGUUUCUGCACACAACAGAUACCCGGAGCUAUGGGCCAAAAUAAAUCGGGAGUUUGUGGAAGAAUGGAAAAGUACACGUAUGGAUAAGGAGAGGGAGGAUCUGGAAGAGGCCUUGGUUUUCUUUAUGCGGGCUGGUUUCAGAGAUAGUCCCAAAUGGGGCAUGCUAUUUUGGGAAGGGGAUCAAAUGGUAAGUUGGCAGGUUAAUGAUGGGAUAAAGAGUGCUGUUGUUGGCUUGUUGAGCAGUGGACUUUCAGGGUAUGCUUUUAACCACAGCGAUAUUGGAGGCUACUGUGCUGUAAACUUGCCUUUUCUUAAGAAGUAUCAGAGAAGUGAAGAGUUGUUGUUGCGGUGGAUGGAAGUAAAUGCAUUCACGACAGUUUUCCGGACCCAUGAAGGAAAUAAACCAUCCUGCAACAGUCAGUUCUACACAAACCACAGGACUUUAUCACAUUUUGCACGCUUUGCAAAAAUUUAUAAAGCUUGGAAGUUUUACAGGAUCGAACUUGUUAAGGAAGCUUCUCAAAAAGGCCUGCCUGUUUGCCGCCACCUAUUUCUUCACCACCCAGAAGAUGAGCAUGUGCAUAGCCUGAGUUAUGAGCAAUUUCUUGUUGGUACGGAAAUCCUAGUGGUGCCUGUUCUUGACAAAGGCAAAAAUAAUGUUAAGGCCUAUUUCCCAGUAGGAGAAAGUUGCUCAUGGAAACAUAUUUGGACAGGAAAAAUAUAUACGAAACAAGGUUCUGAAGCUUGGAUAGAAGCUCCAGUUGGCUAUCCUGCCAUUUUUGUCAAGGCUGACUCUAUUAUCGGGGAUACAUUUUUGAAAAACCUCAGAGAAUACAAUAUUUUGUAAAACAGUAAGACAGAUUCUGUAGAAAAUGUUAUGGAUUUGUCGACCAUUUCAAGAUUCUUGCACCACCACUUUACCGUAUUAGACAUUCAAAUAGUAUGUUCAAUGAUAUAAUUUCAAUUUCUUGAAUACAUUGUGCUUAUAAGAAAAUCUUUUGUAGGCUUAUUCA